AUGGCCGACCCCCUCUACCAUCUGUUGGUCGCGCCCGAUAGUGCCGCCGCCACGGCCUACCUGAACCACCUACAAGCCCUCGACCUCGCAUCCCUCUGCGACACGGAGCCGCAGUCGCUGGCCCAGCAGCAGGCCUCGACCAACCGUAGCCUGCAAGCCCUCUCCAAGCGCUCGCACAAGUCCAUCAUCGCCUCGUCGCAGCGCCUGGCCGACCUCUCGACCGCCCUGCCCGACCUUCAACGCGCAACCGCCGCCCUGCACCAUGCCCUGCCGGAGCUGGAGACGGCCAGCGCCGCCUUCGAGCAGCGCUACAGCCGCUCCGCCGACAACGCCGUGCUCGACCGCCGGCGCAAGGCCAUGCUGGUCGCGCGCAACAUCGACCGCGUCGCCGACGUCCUCGAGCUGCCCACGCUGCUGUCGUCUGCCAUUGCCGCCGGCGCGCCCGCUCAGGGCUCCGCUGCUGCCAUGACGGCGACGACGUCCACCGCAAACUACACGGCCGCCCUCGACCUGCAGGCCCACAUCAAGCGCCUGCGCACCCUGUACCCGGCCGUCGGCCUCGUCGACGACAUCGCCAAGCAGGCCGACGCCGAGAUGAAAGCCAUGGCCACGAACCUAGUCGCCAGCCUGCAAGGCCCAGGCAUCAAGCUGGCAGGGGCCAUGCGCACCGUCGGGUGGCUACGGCGGGUGGCGCCCGAGCUGGACGAGGGGUGGAGCGGAGGCAGCGGGGGCGGAUACUCGCGCCGAGGCGGCGGGGGCGCCGGCGCGGGCAAAGGCGCUGCCGCCAACGCCGAGGGCGCCCUGGGCGCGCUGUUCCUCGUCUGCCGACUGGCGAACCUGCUCAGCACGCUCGAGGCACUAGAGCCGCUGCGCGAGCUCGCGGACCAAGAGAGCGCGAAGCGCGCGGCUGGCGGCGGCGGCGGCGCGGCCAGGACGCCUUGGGCGGGUGGGCAGCAGACGGAGCGCUACCUCAAACGGUACAUUGAGCUGUUCCGGGAGCAGAGCUUCGCCAUUGUGUCGAUGUACAAGAGCAUUUUCCCGUCGGCGCUGCCAGCGCCAGGGAGCUCGGAUGAGGGAGGCGCGGGAGCAGACGCUGGGGACGGCGCCGACGAGCCCGACAACUUGCAGCCGCUGCCCUCGGCGCUGGCGUCGUUCCCGCUGCACCUGGUAGAGUUGCUGGCUGAGACGCUGCGCGCGUACAUGCCGAAUGUGCGGGAGCGCGCGAGCCGCGACAGCCUGCUCACCCAGGUGCUGUACUGCGCGAACAGCUUGGGGCGGCUGGGCGGCGACUUUGGUAUGGUGCUCGCGCUGUUGGCGGAGGAGCUGCAGGAGGAAGGCGAGGGAGGGGAGGGAGAAGGAGAGGAUGAUGAGGAGGAAGAGUGGGUCGAGGUCAUGAAGAAACAUCGCGUUCAGGCAAGUAGGCUGGAGCUGUUGGCGAGUGGUGUGGGCGCUGGGAGGACGGCGCAGGCCGCGGGCUGA